CACAGUUGCAGUUCUGACCGCAAAGGAAAAUAUAGUAAAAACUAUAUGUAAAGUGCGCUACCAAAUGCACUCAACAGAUUGAUAUCUUUAGUAAUAUACUGUGUAACCUGCCUACAAAAAAGAAAAAAAAUAAGAAACUUUCUUAAGCAGAGGAGAGAGGAACAAAACGUUACUGACGAUGAGACAUUUAGACUUUGCUCUAUCGUGCUUAUUGAUAAGUAGUAUAAGAUUUGGAGUAGUUUUUUGCCAAGACGCAAGAUACUUAUUGGAAAAAUUGAUGGAAAAUUAUGAUUCGAGAGUUCCGCCAAACUUCAACACUGACAAAGUUACCAAGGUGGCUAUUGACAUGCACAUCAGUAGCGUAGAUAGCAUUUCGGAACAGACUAUGGACUUUAUCAUCAGCGUCUUCCUCAGGCAACGAUGGGAGGAUACGCGUCUAAGCCAUAGACAUUUUAGUAACCUCAGUGUAAUAAGUCUCGAUACGAAGAUGGUCGAUCGUAUAUGGGUACCAGAUUUAUUCUUUCGAAAUGAAAAAAAGGCGGAGUUCCACGAUGUUACUGUACCAAAUAGAUUUCUAAGAAUUUAUGAAAAUGGUAGUAUUUAUUACAGUUCCAGGAUAUCGCUUAGGUUAUCUUGUCCAAUGCGACUUGAAAAAUUCCCUUUAGAUGAACAACAAUGCACGUUACAGAUGGAGAGUUACGCGCAUACAACGGAUACUUUAUUAUUUGAAUGGAAUAAUCCAGAUCCUAUAGAGAUUAAUGAAGAAUUAGAAUUACCUCAAUUCGAAUUAACUGAUUAUAAAUUAUCAACUUGCACAAGGAGAUAUAUAACUGGUAAUUUCUCUUGUUUAAACAUCACUUUAUAUUUGAGGAGGAAUAUUGGUUUUUAUAUGAUUCAAACCUAUAUACCUACGGCAUUGAUUGUUGGAUUAUCGUGGGUAUCUUUUUGGAUAAGUCAGGACGCUGUACCGGCUAGAAUAUCUUUGGGCGUUUUGACAAUACUAACAAUGACUACCCAAGCGUCUUCAUCUCGUCAAUCACUUCCCAGGGUUUCUUAUAUAAAAGCCAUUGAUAUUUGGAUGGCUACCUGCUUGGUUUUCGUAUUUGCCGCACUCUUAGAAUUUGCUAUUGUCAAUGUCCUUUCUAGAAAUGAAAUCAGACGGAAGUCUAGUCUUCGGGACAAAAUGCGUAACGAUCAAGUUUGUCAAAAAGAGGAGGAACUAAAGAGUUCUGGCAAGAUGAUAUCGUUCUUCGUUAGAGAUCCUAAAGGUAAAGAGAAAGCGAAGAAAGUUGACAAAGGGGCUCGUGCUGGUUUUCCUCUUGCAUAUUUUACGUUUAAUCUCGUCUACUGGAUUACUUACGUCUUUUGGCAACCGUAAUCCUAUUAUUAAGCCUAAAUUUUCGUUACAACAAACUAAUGAUCCGCAUAGUUUUGAUGUACGUCGAGCUAACAUGACUUAGAAUAACAAAAUAUCAUCUUAAGUAUUCUUUUAAUAUUAUUAUUUACAUCUUUUAAUCACAAUCUGUUCUUGCUUUCUUUUCUCGAUCUCCUCCAUUCUCUUUCUCUUUCGCUCUCUGUAUAUCCAGCUUUUGCUCUAUCUUUCUUCUUUUCUGCUUGUAGCCCUCAUUCUCUUUUCAUAGCAUGUAUUUAUAUUUUAUUUGGUAAAUUGUUCCCAUUUCACUGAUAAAUAAGCCCGAGAAGUAAAAUAAAGUCGCUUGUAUAUACUUGUGUAUAAAACAUCAAUCCUAUCGUUCGUUCUGUCUAUCUGUCUGUCUCUCUCUCUCUCUCUCUCUCUCUCUCUCUCUCUCUCUUUCUCUCUUUCUCUCGCCCGACUUCUGUUUCCUCAUGGUCUCUUGUUCAUUGCGUAUGCUUCUUUUCAAUUGUUAUAUCUAUUAGAUUAAAACUACACGUAUUAUCCUUAUCAAUAUCUUUAAUUAUUAUUUUUCUAUUGAUAUCGUUAUUCAAUUUAUCACUUAACUCAAAUAUUUAACUAAUCGUAAUUUAAUAAGGAUGUCCAAA